AUGGAGAAGAGCUCGAGUUGCGAGAGCCUUGGCUCCCAGCCAGCAGUAGCACGGCCGCCCAGCGUGGACUCCCUGUCCAGUGCUUCCACUUCUCAUUCAGAGAAUUCAGUGCAUACAAAAUCAGCUUCUGUCGUCUCAUCGGAUUCCAUAUCAACUUCUGCAGAGAACUUUUCUCCUGAUUUGAGGGUCCUGAGGGAGUCUAACAAAUUAGCAGAAAUGGAAGAACCACCCUUGCUUCCAGGAGAAAAUAUUAAAGACAUGGCCAAAGAUGUAACUUAUAUAUGUCCAUUCACUGGUGCUGUACGAGGAACUCUGACUGUUACGAAUUACAGGUUAUAUUUCAAAAGCAUGGAACGGGAUCCCCCAUUUGUUUUAGAUGCUUCUCUUGGUGUUAUAAGCAGAGUAGAAAAAAUUGGUGGUGCUUCUAGUCGUGGUGAAAAUUCUUAUGGACUGGAAACUGUGUGCAAGGAUAUUCGGAAUUUACGAUUUGCCCAUAAACCUGAGGGGCGAACAAGAAGAUCAAUAUUUGAAAAUCUAAUGAAAUAUGCAUUUCCUGUCUCUAAUAACCUGUCUCUUUUUGCUUUUGAGUACAAAGAAGUAUUCCCUGAAAAUGGGUGGAAGCUAUAUGACUCUCUUUUAGAGUAUAGAAGGCAGGGAAUUCCGAAUGAAAGCUGGAGAAUAACAAAGAUAAAUGAACGCUACGAGCUCUGUGAUACCUACCCUGCCCUCUUGGUUGUUCCGGCAAAUAUCCCUGAUGAAGAAUUGAAGAGAGUGGCUUCCUUCAGAUCGCGGGGCCGUAUCCCAGUUUUGUCAUGGAUUCAUCCUGAAAGUCAAGCCACAAUCACUCGAUGUAGCCAGCCCAUGGUAGGGGUGAGUGGGAAGCGAAGCAAAGAAGAUGAAAAAUACCUUCAAGCCAUUAUGGACUCCAAUGCCCAAUCUCAUAAAAUCUUUAUAUUCGACGCCCGGCCAAGUGUUAAUGCAGUUGCCAAUAAGGCAAAAGGUGGAGGUUAUGAAAGUGAAGAUGCCUAUCAAAAUGCAGAACUAGUUUUCCUAGAUAUCCACAAUAUCCACGUUAUGAGAGAAUCUUUACGAAAACUUAAGGAGAUUGUGUAUCCCAACAUUGAGGAGACCCACUGGUUGUCUAACUUGGAAUCUACUCACUGGCUGGAGCAUAUUAAGCUUAUUCUUGCAGGGGCUCUCAGGAUUGCUGACAGGGUGGAGUCAGGAAAGACGUCUGUGGUGGUGCACUGCAGUGACGGCUGGGACCGCACGGCCCAGCUGACCUCCCUGGCCAUGCUUAUGCUGGAUGGAUACUACCGCACCAUCCGAGGCUUUGAGGUCCUUGUGGAGAAAGAGUGGCUGAGCUUCGGACAUCGAUUUCAGCUUAGAGUUGGCCAUGGAGAUAAGAACCAUGCAGAUGCAGACAGAUCACCUGUUUUUCUUCAGUUUAUUGACUGUGUCUGGCAGAUGACAAGACAGUUUCCUACAGCUUUUGAAUUCAACGAAUAUUUUCUCAUUACCAUUUUGGACCACCUAUAUAGCUGUUUAUUCGGAACAUUCCUCUGUAACAGUGAACAGCAGAGAGGCAAAGAGAAUCUUCCCAGGAGGACUGUGUCGCUGUGGUCUUACAUAAAUAGCCAGCUGGAGGACUUCACUAAUCCCCUCUAUGGGAGCUAUUCCAAUCAUGUCCUUUACCCAGUGGCCAGCAUGCGCCACCUAGAGCUCUGGGUGGGAUAUUACGUAAGGUGGAACCCCCGGAUGAAGCCCCAGGAGCCCAUUCACAACAGAUACAAAGAACUUCUCGCUAAACGGGCAGAGCUUCAGAAGAAGGUAGAGGAGCUCCAGAGAGAGAUUUCCAACCGAUCAACCUCAUCGUCAGAGAGGGCUGGCUCUCCGGCACAGUGCGGCACGCCUGUGCAGACGGUCGUGUGA